UCGGCUCUGCGACCAGUAAGCAGGCGGGGCGCGGGCUUCGGUUUCUGGAUCUUGUGUUUGCCGCCUCUGUUCCCGCGACCCAACGUCCCCAAGGCGGGGCGGAGCCGCUCCUAGGAGCCAGCUUCUGUUGCAGCCCAACAAACAGACGCUGGCUUGGCGGAGGUUGAGGAUGCUGAGCAUUGGAGAUUAAAUAGAUAAUUACUAACGAUUAUGGAAUAUAUCUGUCCUCGCACUGUACCCCAGAUGAAUACCAGUUAUUAUUGUUAUUGGUGUCGUCAUUGUUGGAUAGGACAGUGAGAAAUGGAGAGAGGAGGGGAAGACAGAGGGGGACAGAAAGAGAGACACCUGCAGACCUGCUUCACCGCCGCCUGUGAAGCGACUCCCCUGCAGGUUCCCUUCAAGCAGGAUGGUCCCUUUCUACUUUCCUCCAUCAAAAUAUGCACUUUGGAACCCAAUGCCAAUUGGAGAUUUCAUCUACGUACGUAUCAAUCAUUACAGAAAUCCAAAAGUGGUGGUAACUGAAAAGACCAUCCGCCUUGCUUGCCGUCAUGCUAAACAAACUAAAAAAAACUUGCCAUGCUUCUUACUUGGUUCUCUCACAGUGGAUGAAGAUGAAGAAGGCAUUACAUUGACAAUAGAUCGCUUUGAUCCUGGUAGAGAAGUGCCCGAAUGUCUAGAAAGAGUGCCUACUGCUUUGCUUCCUGGGGAUUUUGUGAUUCCGUGCAAAAUUCAAACUCAAGGACCGUGUUCAAGAGAAAUAGGAGUUCAUAAUGCAGAUGAUUUUGCUUCUGCACUUAAGGCUCUGCAGCACCAUGUGUGUAGCAAAGAUUCCUUGGACUGUGGUCAGCUACUUUCCCUAAGAGCUCAUUUCACUUACAGUGAGAAUUUGGACAGUACUGAUACUGACUUGCACUGGACAGCAGUAACUUUGGCAAAUACCUUCAAAUGCACACCUGUGAAGCCCAUCCCCAUUAUUCCUACAGCUCUAGCAAGAAAUUUGAGCAGUAAUCUGAAUAUUUCUCAAGUUCAAGGUAUUUAUAAAUAUGGAUAUCUCACCAUGGAUGAAACACGCAAAUUGUUACUUUUGCUGGAAUCUGAUCCCAAGAUUUUUUCUCUACCAUUAGUGGGAAUUUGGCUGUCUGGAAUUAUACAUAUCUAUAGUCCCCAGGUUUGGGCUUGCUGCUUGCGAUACAUAUUCAGUUCUUUUAUUCAAGAAAGGGUUUUUUCAGAAUCUGGAAAUUUCAUUAUAGUUCUCUACUCUAUGACACAUAAGGAUCCUGAAUUUUAUGAAUGCUGCCUUCAUUGUGAUGACAAGUUAUCUGACCUUCAGUUCCAGCUACUAACCAGUAAGGAAACAUUACAUUUUUUCAAAAAUGUUGAACCAUCUGACAAAAAUCCAAUUCACUUUGAACUGAGUGCUGAAAACCAAAAUGUAGAAACAGAGCUUUUCAACAUUUCUAAGAAUCUUUCAAUUAAGAGGUCUUCCCAAAGGACAUCUCCUGGGGCAGUGCCAGUAAAUGAUCAUGACUCAGGUGUUGAAGAUGAAGAUUUUUCUCCAAGACCAAUUCCUAGUCCUCAUCCUGUGAAUCAGAAGGUUUCUAAGAUUCAACCACUUGUUCCUGAACUUUCACUUGUGUUGGAUGACAGUUGUAUAGAAUCAAAUCCUAAUUCAUUGGAAAUGGUGAACAAGGAAAAUCCUCCUUCAUUAAAUAAUCACUGUGAACACGUGGAGCCAUUGCAGCUACACCUUUAUGAUGAGAAACAUAAUCCAGAAGUUGAAGCAGGGGCACCUUCAUUGAGAAGACUGCCAGAUCAGUUAAACCAGGGCUCUGCUUCUUUGAGACACUGCAAAGUGAAACAGUCAUCUACAUGUACAAAAGAGAACCCUCACAUCAGGGGCAGUGUUAAACCAUCAUCUCUUGAUGUGCUGUCUUCUGAUACAUCUGAAACACUUCAAACAAUUUCUGCUGGAAGUGCACAAAAAGAAGAGUAUCCUCUAAGAUCCUCCACAUUUAACUCCAAGCUGUCUUCUCUUGCCCCACAGUCCCACCCACACAAUUUUGUUUUUCCCCCGCAUAAUUCAGGAAGAUUGAAUGAAUUUCAGAUACCAACUCCCCCACCAUCACCUUACCAUUCCACAAAUAUUUGCAAUUGCUGUCAGCAUCAUGGCCAUAUUCAAUAUACUCCAGUGAAUUCUUGGCAAGGAAUGAACACAAUAGGGUCUGUUCCAGAUCUUCAUCCGGAAGCCCUUCAAAAACACACAUUAUUUCACGCAAGUGGAUGCCCAGCUCUGUGCCAUAAUGCAUUCUAUUCUUCAAGUAGUCCUGUAGCCUUGAGACCUCAGGGAAGUGUAGGCUCUUAUUCUCCCCACAGUAGUGUAGAACCAUCACCUGUGGCAAGACUACCUUCGAACAUGGACUCAUGUAACCCACAACCUUGUGCAGUAUGCCUGCACACACCCAAGACUGGCUCAGAUAAUGGAAUGAUGGGACUAUCUCCAGAUGCUUAUAGGUUCCUCACAGAGCAAGACAGACAACUGAGACUGCUUCAGGCACAGAUUCAGCGCUUGUUGGAAGCACAGUCUCUGCAGCCCUGUCCCCCCAAGACAGCCACUGCUGAAGACACGGUGGGAGCUGCAAGACAAAUGGAGCUGGUUUCCAUGGAAACUCAGUCUUCUCCUGGUUUACAUGUGCGAAAAAGUGUGAGCAUUGCUGUGAGCACAGGUGCUAGCUUGUUUUGGAAUGCAGCAGGAGAUGCUCAAGAGACUGACUGUCAGCUGAAGCAAGAUGAUACCAAAAUUUCCAGUGAGGAUAUGAAUUUUUCUGUGCAUAUUAAUAAUGAAGUCACAAGUCCUCCAGGCAGUGCAUCUUCAUUAAAAGCAGUUGAUAUCCCCAGCUUUGAAGACAGCAACAUUGCUGUGGAAGAAUUUCAUCAGCCACUUUCUGUAUCCAACAGCUCUUCUCCAGUUGUGAAAAAAGAACUUGAUGUGCCUCUGUUUUUUCCGAAUUCCCCGCUGGCAGAGAAUACAAGCAUGUGCUUACAGAAUGAACCAGUAGAGGGUGCCAGUAAUAACUAUGUAACAUCAGGGGAGCCAAGAUCUGAGCAAGUUAUACAACCCAUAUCUCAGCAACCAUCGGAUAAUCAGAAAAUAUACCAGGAUUUAUUGGGCCAGGUGAAUCACCUAUUAAAUAACUCUUCCAAAGAAACUAAGCAGCCAUCUACUAAAGCAGUGAUUAUCAGCCAUGAAUGCACCAAAACCCAAAAUGUUUACCAUACGAAGAAAAAAAAGCAUGAUUCAGGACUGGGGGACAAAGAUUGUGUCCUUAAUGCAACCCUUAAACAACUAAGGAGUCUUGGAGUAAAAAUUGAUUCUCCUACCAAAGUGAAGAAAAAUGCACAUAAAGUAGAUCAUGCAAGUGUGUUGGCAUGCAUCAGCCCUGAAGCAGUGGUCUCUGGAUUAAACUGUAUGUCAUUUGCUAAUGUCGGAAUGAGUGGCUUAAGCCCCAAUGGCGUGGAUCUGAGCAUGGAGGCAAAUGCUAUAGCUCUGAAGUACUUAAAUGAAAAUCAGCUAUCACAGCUGUCUCUCACUCGAUCAAACCAAAGUAACUGUGAUUCAUCUCUAAGCCUGCGACAUGUUAAUACAGAGAGAAGCACAGUGGGGCUUAGUUUAAUUUCACCAAGCAACAUGUCAUUUGCAACUAAAAAGUAUAUGAAGAAAUAUGGACUCAUACAAAGCAGUGACAAUAGUGAAGAUGAAGAGGAAGAACCUCCAAACAAUACAGAGAAGAAAAAUGAACACCCAGUAAAUCAAAACCUUAUAUCCACACCUGAACAACAGAAAGAACCUUUUGGAAAUGCCUGUGAAAUAAUUAAUUGUUACACCCAUACAGAUAUGCCAGUUUUGAGAAACAUUACAAAUGAAGUUGUUCAGCCAAAAGCAACACAACAGUUGAGUGAAAACCCAGCUUUUUUAUUAAAGAACCUAAAACCUAGUCCUGCAAUGAACCUCCGAACUGGAAAAGCAGAGUUCACCCAACAUCCUGAGAAAGAAAAUGAGAGGGACGUUCCAGUUUUCCCUGAAAGUUUAAAACCUUCUGAAACUUUAAAGCAAAUGAAUAGUAUGAAUUCAGUAGGCACUUUCUUGGAUAUAAAGCGUCUUAGACAGUUGCCAAAAUUGUUUUAACCACCUGUCCUCCUGAGGAUAGGCUAUCUCCUGAAGAUAUUUGAGGAGGUCAGAACCUUUUGGUAGUUUUGCAGUUGUUAAUCAUUCUAGGGGCCACCCUGUUCUUGGUAGCAGCUGAUUGCAAAGAGUCAAAUAAGUUACCUGAUUAUCUUUGAGAUGGCUGGGUAGUUGGAGGACUAAGUUUUCUUUGUUCAAAUAGGGUAGUUCAGCAUCACUAAAACCUUUAAAAAAAAUCAGACCUGACAUCAGUCAUUUCAACAAUUUUAGAUAGACAUCCAACUCUGAAUCUGAAGUAUUUUUUCCCAGAGUUUUUAUUUUUUUUAUUUUACUGUAAAUCACACUUGAAGGGAUUCAGCUAUUCCUUAAACAUUCAUGAACUUUGGGGUUCCAUUUCAUCUGUCCCGCCUUUGAAAAGUCGAUUUUCCUAGCACAUUGCAUCUCUGCAUCUGCCUGGUGUCACCAGAACAAAUAAAGUUAUCAUGACCUGACUAAAUUAGCUAAAUCAACCCUUACCGAGUUUAAGGGGGGAGGUUUUAUUUUUAAAAGGUAACUUAAAUUGUUUAUACAGCGAGUGUAUAUAUCCUCUUAAUUAAGAUUGCACAUUGGUUAAAUUCUGUAGAAGUAAAACUUUUGCAGUCUAGUGGGUUGAUGUUAAUGGAACAUUUUCAGUAUGUAGCACUAUCACACACACAAAAAAAAUCAUUGGAUGUGAGUGUGUUUUUUAAACUUUUUCAAAUGUUUUAAUAUUUUAGUAGGACUUAAUAAAAAUAUCUAGAUUGA